AUGGAAAGAAUGCAGAGUUUCCACAGCCACCCGCUAGGCAGAGUAGGCUGGGUCGCCCGCGCCGUCCAAGUACUCAGCGCCAUCGUCGUCCUAGGCAUCAUAGCCUGGGCCACGCGAGAUACGAAGACUGUGACCGUUAUCUUCACUCUGGUUAUUGCGGUCUUGACCCUCGUCGUAGUGGCCUGCUCGACCAGCAUAAGCUGCAUAGCCAGGCGAAACAAAUGGCAUAUUUUAGUGCUAAUCUUGACCGAUGCAGCUUUAUCAUACCUGUGGCUCACCUCAUUCGUCUUCCUAGCGCUCGAUUUCAACCGGAUUAGCUGUCGCGUCAUUCGAUGGAAUGGCGAGACGGUCUGCAGUAGGAAGUAUACCGCUGAGGCUUUCGCUUUCAUUGCAUUCUUUACGACACUGAUGGGGCUAACUCUUGAGGUCUUUUAUGUCUACUAUGCGAGGCCGAGGGCGAUUCAAAAGGAGGAAGUUCCACAUGAGCAUCAUCUGGCGAGGAAUUUGGAUGAGGCUGGACUUAUGUGA